AUGAUCACUCAUGAAAUUUUGCAAGAAGUAGUAGUAAAACUCAAGCAAGACCCUGAGAAUACCAAAUGCUUUGACUGUGAAAAACCUGAGCCUAGCUUUGCAUCUAUAAAUCAUGGCAUCUUUAUUUGUUCAAAAUGUGCUUCAAAUCAUAAAAUGCUCGGCCAAGAAAUAAGUGAGGUAAAAUCUAUCGAAAAGGAUAAAUGGGACAUUUCUGAGCUCAGGCAUUUAGUGGCAGGUGGGAAUUCAGCAUUUAGAGAAUUUUUAACAUGUUAUGGACUAAGAUCAGAACCAUCAAUUUUUGUGAAAUAUCGAACUCGGGCUGCAAUGUUUUAUAGGAGCAUGCUUAGUGUAGUUUCUAAUUAUCAGCCAUAUGUUGCUUUUAUGCCUUCGUAUGAACUUGGCAGAAUGGUAAAUCAUGAUAUCAAAAUUUAUAACACUGAAUCUGCAUUAAAAGCUGAACCUAGAGCUAUAGAACUUCAAGAAAUAAAAUCAGCAGGGUCUGAAAUAAUAGAGCCUCCUCCACAAAAAACAGGAUUUUUUAGAUGGAUUUAUAAUUCCUAUGGCAAAUUUGUAAAGUUCGGUAAUAAGGUGUUUGAGUCAUUAAAUGAGUUUGGCAAUACCCCAACCAUGAGAAGACUUGAAGCAAAAUCAUUAAUUUUUGCAGAAAGCUACGAUCGACUUUUUAGCGUUUUUUCUACUGUAGUAAAUGAUGUGUGUAUGGAAGAGGAGCCAAAAGAGCUAUCCCACAGUGAAGUUUAUUACAGAAAAGUUUUUGCUGACACUAAACAUACUUUUCAUAGUAUAAAUUUUGACCCAAAAAUCAAAGAGCUAAAACUGGACAUAAUGAAUAUGUUAAAACCCCCUGAAUUAGAAAGAAAAGUAAUCGAUGAAGAUGUGGUCCUUAAAUUACAAACCUCAAAAACAAGAAUUCAUGUAAGAUAG